AUGGAUCAACUUAUCCUAAUUGGUGAAUCUGAUCAGUUUGGAGGAAAUCAAAUGUUGACUGAUAUGCCCAAUCAAUCAAUAGGUUCGGACAGUGCAAAUCAGAUUGAAAUGAAUAGCAUUGUUUUCCUGAGUGGACAUGAUCAACCUGGAGGCAAGUUGGUUGGUAAAGGAGGUUCAAGUGCACAAUUUGUGACUUCUAAGAAACAAGUUGUGACAAAAGGAAGUAGUAGCCUCGAGAAAUUAUUUGGAAAUUCUAGAGCAACAUCUUUGCUUCGAGGUGAGCUUGCUGGGAGGUUUGUGACUGGACAACAAUCCAACAUCUCUAAACUGACAAAUGUUGAUGGUAACAAAGCAAAACUAACUGCGGAGAAUCCGAAGACAACUAGCACUUCAUAUAGUUGCAGCUCUUUUGCAGCUUAUAAGUCACCAAAUGACAAUGUUUCUUCAUCAAAGCCGCCUUCUGCAAUUCCAAAACAACUAGUUGUCAAGGUGUCUUCUUCUCAGCCUACUGGUUCAAUUAAAAAGCAAGCAGCUCUUCCUAGCCUGUCAAUUCAUCUACAAAGCAACCAGUUGCCAACGUUUCCUCAUCUCAACCUUAAGGCGCAAAGGAAGUAA